AUGGCCAUUUUCAAGAUCCAGCAAAAAGCCUGGGUGACCGUCUGCUUGGCACCGCGCUCAAGCGCGAGCCUCGGCCGGCGCGAGUCUCCCUUUUCGCUCCGUCCCGAGACCAUCCGCCUCCCCGGACCCCCGCGCGCCGCCCGCGGGUGGGCUGGGGCAGACCGCCCUGGGGCGCCGGUGCCCAGACGAACAGGCGGCUUGGAAUCCACAGCUCGCAGGGCGGAGUCGCGCGCUCUGGUUCCUUCCAGAAGGGGCUUCCCGGGAAGAGGGGCGCCCGCCGAGCAGCCGCUGCCCUCGAAACCCCAGACCCGGAGGGCGGGUCACUCGCGUUUUUUUUUUUUUGGUCGGAGGAGAGAAAACCGCCUCGCGCGGGGUGUGCGCGGGGACGGGGACACACCCUCCCGUGAGCCCGCCCCGGCCCGCCCCGCGCGGGGAGGAGGCGGCGCGGCGCCCACGAGCCUGCCCGCCGAGGGUGCGGAGCCCGGCGCCCGCAGGAUGCCGCUGCCGAGGGGCCCGUGGCCGUGGCGCGCGCGCCUGCCGCCCCCCGGAGCCCCGGGCCGGGCGCGCCCGCGGGCGCCGACGCCGCAGGGUUUGUGUGUGAAGCUGUGUGGAAACCUGAAAUACCAUCAACCACACCUUUAUAGUACCCUGGUGCCACCUGAUGAAAUAACAAUUAAUUACAGACAUGGCCUUCCCCUGAUAACCCUUACUCUGCCAUCCAGAAAAGAGCGCUGUCGGUUUGUAGUGAAACCACUGUUGUCAACAGUCGGUUCAUUCCUUCAGGACCUACGAAAUGAGGAUCAGGGCGUCAAGGCUGCGGCCAUCCUCACAGCAGAUGGCAGUGAGAUUCCAGCUUCAACCUUGAUGGAAAUUCUGCUAAUGAAUGAUUUUAAACUUGUCAUUAAUGAAAUGACAUACGAUGUACAGUGCCCCAAGAAGGAAAAACUGAGUCCUGAGCACACUACCGAGAUGGAAAACGUGAAAUCCUUGGUGCACAGACUGUUUACAGCCUUGCAUUUAGAAGAGUUUCAGAAAAAGAGAGAGCGCUGUUUACUGGAGAAAAUCGACUGGCUGACGGGACAGCUGCAGCCCCUGGAACAGAUGAAAGCAAGAAUCGAAGGUCGCUCAGAAGCCAAAACCAGCGGACUCCUGUGGGCUGGGUUAGCGCUGCUGUCUGUCCAGGGCGGGGCGCUGGCCUGGCUCACGUGGUGGGUGUACUCCUGGGAUAUCAUGGAACCAGUUACAUACUUCAUCACGUUCGCAAACUCCAUGGUCUUCUUUGCAUACUUUAUAGUCACUCGACAGGAUUACACUUUCUCAGCUGUUAGGAGUAGGCAGUGUCUUCACUUCUUCCAUAAGAAAUCAAAGCAGCAGCAGUUCGAUGUGGCACAGUACAACAAGUUAAAGGAGGAUCUUGCUAAGGCUAACGAAUCCCUGGAACGGGUGCGCCACGCUCUCUACUUGCGGAUGCGAGUAGAGGAACUCGAUGAAAAGAAUUAAUCUUACAUUUUUAAAUGUCACUGAAUUUUUCCAUUAGGUGUUGACUUUGCAACCUAGAAACUGGAACUUUUUGAGUCCCAUAGUUCAUUUGAAUUUGACUGUUUCAGUCAUUUUUAUUAAUAAAAUGUUUGCAAAACACA